GAGCUGAUGCCCCAGUCAGACCUUCUCCUGAAAGGCCCAGGGAACUUUCCUACCAAAUUCUGCCUCAGUUUCCCCCUCUGCAGAUGGGCUCUGGGCAAUGCUGAGCUUUCCAAAGACCAGGCUGAUCCCCAAAGGGCUCCUGGACCCUCUGAGGCCUCCAUGGAGGGAGAUCAGAGCAACUGAAUUUACCUUGGGUAGAGAUGCACACCCUGGUGCCAGGGAGGGGAUGCCCCUGGUGACCCUCAGGCUGCCGAGUGCCUCUGCACAUCCCCAGCUCUGCUCUUGCCUCCAGAUGCCGAGAAGACCCCAGGCUACUGGAAUGAAGGGGCCAGGAGGAGGCUGAAGUCGGCACUGGCAUUGCAGCCAGUGGCACAGCGGGCCAGAAACAUUAUCCUCUUCAUGGGUGAUGGCAUGGGGCUGUCCACCAUGUCGGCGGCUCGGAUCUACAAGGGGCAGCUGGCUGGUGGCUCAGGCGAGGAGAGUAUCUUGGCCAUGGAGGCCUUUCCCCACCUGGCCCUGGCCAAGACCUACACCAUCGACCGGCAGGUGCCCGAUAGCGCUGGCACAGGCACAGCCUACCUCUGUGGGGUGAAGGCCAAUGCCAAGACGCUGGGGCUGAGUGGGGCAGCUGUCUACGGCAAAUGCCGCAGUACCUUUGGCAACGAGGUGGACUCAGUCCUGCACCGGGCCAGGCUGGAAGGCAAGUCGGUGGGCAUCGUGACGACCACGCGAGUGCAGCACGCAUCCCCAGGGGCAGCUUAUGCCCACUCGGCCAGCCGGAGCUGGUACGCCGAUGCCAACAUGCCCAAGGAGGCAUUGCGGGAUGGCUGCAAGGACAUCGCCUACCAGCUGGUGCACAACACGGACAUCAAUGUGAUCCUGGGUGGCGGGCGGAUGUACAUGACCCCCAAGUGGACUGCAGACCCCGAGUACCCAGAGGACCCGGCUCAGAAUGGCACCAGGAGGGAUGGCCUCGACUUGAUUGCCAAGUGGCUGAAUGCCAAGCAGGGUGCCCGCUACGUCUGGGACAAGAAGGGCAUGGAUGCAGUCGAGGAUGACUCCACAAGCCACCUGAUGGGCCUCUUCGAGCCCAAGGACAUGAAGUAUGAGCUAAACCGCAACACCUCCACAGACCCCUCCAUUGUGGAGAUGACAGAGAAGGCCAUUCGCAUCCUGCGCAGGAACCCCAAAGGCUUUUUCCUCUUUGUGGAAGGUGGCAGGAUUGACCACGGCCACCACAGUGGCCGGGCCAAGCAGGCACUGAUGGAAGCCGUCAUGCUGGACCGGGCAGUGGCUCGCGCAGGCGAGCUUACCUCCCCCUCCGACACCUUGACUGUGGUGACAGCUGAUCACUCCCAUGUCUUCACCUUUGGGGGCAACACGCUGCGUGGCACCUCCAUUUUUGGGCUGGCCCCCAAGAAAGCCAAGGACAAGCAAGCCUACACCAGCAUCCUCUAUGGCAACGGUCCUGGCUACAGCAUUCGCAAUGGGGGCCGCCCGUCCCCUAGCCUCCGCGCUGCAGAGGACAAGGACUACAGGCAGCAGGCAGCUGUGCCCCUGGAGGUGGAGACCCACAGCGGGGAGGACGUGGUGGUGCUGGCCAAGGGCCCCAUGGCCCACCUCUUCCACGGGGUGCAGGAGCAGCACUAUAUCGCCCAUGCCAUGGCCUAUGCCGCCUGCCUCGAGCCCUACGCCACUGAGCCUGGAUGUGGCGCAGCCCGCAGGGCCUCCCGUGGCACCCAGUGUGCACCACAGCCCCUGCUCGCCCUCCUGGCCCUCUGUGUGGCUGCCCACGUGGUGGGGGGCUCAGAGUGAGACCCCCCCAGCCAAGCUCCACUUCAGCUGCCUGCCCCCUCCCCUCGCCACACCAUCAAGGGUCUUGGCAGCCGAGUCGCCACCAUGGCCAGGAUCAAGGAAUGCAAUAAAACACAGUUGUUUGACUCCA